GACCUCUUGACCCGUCCAAUUCUGUCUCUCAUCAACAACUCAAUCAAUCAAUCAAUCAAUCAAUCAGUCUUCCAAUCUUCCAAUCAAUCCUUCUCUUCAGUCAAGAUGAAGUUCAACAACGUUCUCUCUGCCCUCAUGGUUGCCGGCAUGGUCGCCGCCGCUCCUCCUGCUGAGCGCCCAACCACCGACCUCCAGGCUCCUCCCCCGCCGCCAACCAACCUCCCUCCUCACCACGACAACGACAACGGCAAGCGUGGUGACGUUCCCCCUCCUAAGCCUACCAAGGGUCAGGCUCCUCCCCCGAAGGACGAUGAGCACGACCACGACAAGCGUGAGGAUGGCCCUAACCCCCCAAGCCUACCAAGGGUCAGGCUCCCCCUCCCCCCAAGGACAACGACAACGACAAGCGCGAGGACGGCCCCAAGCCUCCUAAGCCUACUAAGGGCCAGGCUCCUCCUCCUAAGGACGGCAACGGCAAGCGCGAGGAUGCCCCCAAGCCCCAGCCCCCCAAGCCCACCAAGGGCCAGGCUCCUCCCCCCAAGGACGGACAGAACUAAGCUAGUUCUGUAGAGAUGCAGAUGGCGAUCAUUGAAGAGCCAGCAGACAUCUAGUCUGAACUGGUUUUAUAGCGAAGGAUUGAUUUGGAUCUGAUUAAUAUUCUUGUUUCUUAAAUUCCCAGCUGGUUUCGCGUGCUUUUUUUGUCUAUAAACUAUCCAAUGAAAUAGGUCGACCACUACUUCUGAUCAUCGUAAAG